AGCAAAACAUUAUAGUCACGUGACAUAUCCAACAUGGCGCUGUGCUGUGCAAUUAGUAACGAGGUACCCGAGCAUCCAGUGCUCUCACCAGUUUCCGGCCAUGUGUUUGAGCGCCGCCUGGUGGAGAAAUACAUCCAAGAUCAUGGCACGGACCCCAUGAAUGGAGAACAGUUGGCAGUGGAUCUGCUGGUUGACAUCAAAACAUCUCCACUUGUGAAGCCCAGACCCCCAUCAGCAACAAGUAUCCCAGCCAUUCUGAAAGCGCUUCAAGAUGAAUGGGAUGCAGUCAUGUUACACAGCUUCACACUGAGACAACAGCUGCAGACAGCCAGACAAGAGUUGUCCCACGCCCUGUACCAGCAUGACGCCGCCUGUCGUGUGAUCGCUCGUCUCACAAAGGAAGUUACAGCUGCCAGAGAAGCCUUGGCCACACUGAAACCCCAGGCUGGUUUGACGGCAGGGCCUGGAGGCUACCCACAGCCAGCACAAGCACCGGCAUACCCUGCAGAAGUUGGUCCGGAGGGGAUCCAGCCAGACAGUCAGAUGGAGGAGGUCGGCAUGUCAGAGGAGGUCAUUCAGAAGCUGUCCGACCGAGCCACACUGCUUACAGCGGAGCGUAAGAAGAGAGGCAAGACAGUUCCUGAGGGUUUGGCCACCACAGAAGACAUCCGUCAAUACAGACAGCUCGCUUCACACACUGGUCUUCACAGUGCCAGCGUUCCUGGUAUCCUCUCCAUGGACCUGUGUCUCCGGGACACUUCCAGGAUCGUUACAGGGGGCAAUGACAAGAACGCUGUAGUGUUCAACAAGGACACGGAGCAGGUCAUGGCCAUCCUCAAGGGUCACACCAAGAAGGUCACCAGCGUCAUCUACCACCCAGAAGAGGAGCUUGUGUUCUCGGCAUCCCCCGACUGUACAAUCCGAGUUUGGGGCAUCACCACCGCUCAGUGUGCCCAGAUCAUCCGUGCCCACGACUCCCCCGUCACCGGCAUCAGUCUACACGCUACGGGAGACUUCCUGCUCAGCUGCUCACAGGACAUGCACUGGGCUUUCUCCGACAUCCGCACUGGCCGUGUUCUCACCAAAGUCUGUGACACAUCAUCAGGAUCUGCGCCAGCGCUGACCUGUGCCCAGUUCCAUCCUGACGGUCUCAUCUUCGGCACUGGCACUGAGGACUCUGUCAUCAAGAUUUGGGAUCUGAAGGAGAGAACCAACGUGGCCAACUUCCCCGGACACCAAGGACCUAUCACCAGCAUCGCAUUCUCUGAAAACGGUUACUAUCUGGCCACCUCGGCUGAAGACUCUGUCGUCAAACUCUGGGAUUUGAGGAAACUGAAGAACUUCAAGACAAUCCAGCUUGAUGAUAGUUAUGAGGUGAAGAGUCUGACGUUUGACCAGAGCGGUACCUACCUAGCUGUGGCCGGAUCAGAUGUCAGAGCGUACCUGUGCAAGCAGUGGAGUGAACUGGCUGUGUUCAAUGACCACACAGCGGCAGCGACCGGCAUCAGAUUUGGGGACAAUGCAACGUUCAUGGCGUCCUGCAGCAUGGACAGAUCCCUCAAGUUCUUUGGCAUGCCUUGAGUUGGGAGAUCCUGUGUGUUUACUUGUACAGAACUUGAGAAAACUUGUUUUAUCUGUGCUAACAGUCUUGUGAAUAUUACCUAUCCAGUUAUCUUUUAGGACCAAAAUAAGUUUAGUGCCAACUUCUCAAUGUGACUUUGAGCUGCCCUGACCUGAGCUAAAUCUGUCAGUUAAUCCAUUUUUAAAAAAGUCACGUUGAUAAGUUCACAUUCUUGGUUAAAGUGAAGUAGCAUUACAACCUGCUUCAUGGUUUUAUUUUGAGGCAGCUUUUUCUCAUGCAAACAGUACAUUUGGACAUCAUUUUCACAUUGUAAGUUAUUUACAUGUUUUAAUUGUGCCAGAAAAAAAAAGGUUUCCUGAAUAAGUUUAAAUAUGGAUUCGUGGCUUGUGUUUAUACUGUGAAGUGUUACAUACUAUUGAGAUGAUGGCAACAUAAUGCUAGUGAUGUCUAUUCACAAGGCUGUCGUUGAUGCAAGUGUAAUAAUGACUUAUUGAUGGUGAGAUUACCAUUAACCAUUGUAUGUAUUCAUGAGGUUUGCCAGGAUUUGCAAGCUGCAUGAGCCGUCCUUCCAAACUCCACAUAAUCUGACCCUUGGCAUCUGACCUCCGGCCACUGAACCCUAAGUGCUCAUACAGCCCUCAAAUGUUUUUUGCAAAAGGUGCCACCUUGACAUACAUUUCUUUUGCCAGGUCCCAUCAUUAUAUUACUUAUCUGUACACGUUAUUAUCAGUGCUAAAUAAUGUGUCAUACACUCACCAGCUUCAGCAGCAGACUUCAAGGUCACGAAGAACUCCAUAAUUUUGAACAAUGUAUUCUAGGGCUGUACUGUUGGAUAGACAUAUUGCUGUUACUCAAAGUCAUUUUAGUACUACCAGUGUGUCCAUAUAAUAGUCUAAGAUUGCUUUGUGGAAUGGGCUCAGGCUGUGAUGACAUUUGAGUCUGCUUAAAAUUGGGUCUGUGUUAUCCUUUUUAACAGGUCUCUUGUGUAAUCAUCUGAAUCGAGUUGAGCCUACACUUGAUGUGACCAUGUAUUCACUUACAAGUAUAGCCUGUUUUUUGUUAAGGUAUUUCAGUUUAUCAGUUGGUUAAAGGCAAGUUCUGGCUUACUUCGGAUGAUCGCCAUUAAUGCAUUAUGUGUGCAACCUUUUACUGUUUUAACAAAGAAUGUGUCAUUUUCAAUGAAUGUUCACAUGUGAAAUGUUGGUUCCCUGACACGGAGACCGGAAUUCUGUUCCACAUGUAAUGUGAAGUAGAUUAAUCCACAACGAUAACGAGCAUUGUGACAUGUCAGCCCCUCCUGUCAGCGAGAUGAGGAGUGAUGAUCAAUGAAGGUGAUUUAUCAUCUGUUUUGUACUUAACCUACAAUCUGUAGCAUCACUGGUGUGGGUGGACUUGUGCAGUCAACGUUUGGAUAAUUCAUCGUGCAUCUGAUUAAACAUACUGAAAGUACUCAUCAUCACCACCACACAUUGAUGUUGACAUCAUAGGGAAGAGGCAUAGCAUCGUGGUUAGAAACUAAAGACUGUUGUUUGUGUCCACUCAUAGUUUCAGUGUGAAACAUUAAACCCAUCCCAGGUUAUCCUGUGCAUUUCAACAAAGUUUACUUUGAAAAAUACUCUUUACCCUUUUUGCAACCACCGCUUGAACAGAAUCCUUUAGCAUGAUGCAAAAAUA